AGAUUGUCACUCCUGUCAAUGCUUCAUUGUUGUCAUUCCAUUGAUAAAAAAAAAAUUGAUCGGGUAGCAGGCAGGCGACAAGAGUGAGCGCGAGUGCGGAUAACUUAAACAGAAUUAUUGAUUUUCGUUAAAAUAUAACGUGUUACAAGAAUCAACGGAGUGAAAGUGUUUGUAUAAUUUCGCGUCUCGAUGUCCACACAGUCUAAAACAAUGCCGAUGAUAGAUCUUAAAAUGUAUGUGAGAGUAGUCGCUGCCGUGUUUUCUAUAUCAUCGGCAACAGCAUUUGUGCUAGCACUAAUGCGCCUCCUCAACCCAGACCUAUUUUACCUAGAUCCUUUAGAAGGAAAUGAUAUAGGUAAUAAUGCACUAGGCAUCCACUACUUCAUAUCAGGUCUAAUGAUAGUGACCAGUGGCAUAGGUUUCUUGAACAGCUGUGUGGUGAUGAACCGCAGUUCCAGUCAGAAUACAGGUCGGAAUAUCACCACCUGGUUGUUGCUGGACUCCCUGUUUGAAACUACGAGGGUUGUGUACGUGUUCGUCUGCGAAAUCAUGCUGAAAGGGAAGGGUCCAAUGCAAUUAUACGAGUUGUUGAUCAGCGCUGCGCAAUACCUGUUGGACAGCUUUCUCUACUGUCAGAUGAUACUGCGACACUAGUAUAAGGAGAUUAUCCUUAAGUUAGGCGUUAUGUAGUUGUCAUCCAUAGGAUGAACUCUUCCGCCCCAGAGGCUGAUAAAAUAAUGCAUUUGUUUUACAAGAAUUGUAUGAUAAUCUUGUAAAUGUUUGAAUGCGUUUGGGAGAAGUUGGUUUCUCUUGUAUAAGCGAUCGUUUUUGUUGUUUAUUUUGAUUGUAAAGUUCGCAUUGCUUGGGUGUAAAAUAGCCUGAUACCCAAGACCAUAUAAUAAAGGUGUUAUAGUUUCAAGUAUUGCAUGUUUGCACAUCCAGGCAAUGCUGACUCAAAGGACCUUGUCCGCAUGUAUUAUAUAUAAAAAAAAAACAUUCCAUUGUAGCUGUGAUUAUCGAAUAUUACGAAUUAAAUUGGUAAGAAUCAUCUGAUUAUAAUAUUAGGUUCAGCCUUAUAGCAUUAAUUUAGGCAAAAGGAAAAAUGUAUGCUUUGAAAUCCCAAAACUGUAUUACUUUGAUCUCAUGUCACUUCUCGCCGUACGAAAUGAAAGGUUUUGUAUCAGAGACAAUAAAUUGUAAAUGUAAUGUUAGCCUUACCUAAACAUUCUGUACUGUAACCUGCCUUGCCUGUGUACAUUCUUCUAGCUAAAGUCUAGCCCUAAGUAGAACGAACUAGUAUUAUCUUGAUUUAAGAAUUAGCCUAUGUUUACAUGGGAAGCGUUAAACGCGCGUUUUGGGAACGAUGCAUUUUAUUCGGGCCGCAAGCCACAAAAUUUUAUAUGUGUAGUAAAAUUUAUGCAGUUGUAAACGCGGUUAACGCUUGCCAUAUAAACAUAGGCUUAGAUAAAACUAAACUAAUUUACAUGGUCAGACGUGAAUUCCUAACUAACAUAACAAGUUCUAUGACAUAUGAAGUAACUAAUCUCUUUCUUACAUUUAAUCGUAUCAUUCUUAUUGUUGCUUUCAUAUUUUCCUGUGGCCAGUAGGUCAACGUACUCCAAACUGUCAAAUAUUUUCAUUGUAUUUUCGUCUUUAUUUCAAAACAAUAAAGCUGAAGAUCUAAUGUAGAAACUUUACAGAAAGUUGUAAAAAAAAAGAAUCUGAAUACUGUUAUUGCAAUAAUUUUCCGCGUCUGACCAGUAGUAUCUUCUUCCCACCGAUUUUUAUACCUUUGUUCCUCUCCUAAUAUUAAAUAUCUCACGUACGAGUAUUAUUUUUAGCUCCUAACCUGUUUAAGUCUUUUUUUAUAAUAUAAGUUUAUGAAUCUUCUUUAGCUGUGAUUUUUCGGUUGUUAUAUUAAGUUUCGGUUUGUUGUGGAAAAAUGCAAGUUUUUUUUAUAUAAAAGAGGCUAUUAUGGAUUUGUAAGAAAUACUAGUCAAAUUAGAGAUUAUUUUAAAGAAACGUACCUAAAUUGUUAAUCGUUUUGAGAUUUAAAGAAACUAAAAGUUAAUUAAUUUCUAUUGGUUAAGUACCCAAUCAUGUUUGUGAACGUGUAUAUAGUUGUACAGAUGCAGUCUUGACCGAUUUGUAACUUCGUUGAACGAGUAAAUAAAAUACAGGUUUUAUAAUGAA